AUGGCUGAUAUAAAAGAAAAUCCAGGGUCGACAUCCAGCCUGGACGCCCCAUAUUUACUCAAACGAUGGGUGUUAAUUAAAAAAGAACUUAGAUCAUUUACUGAGCCAGUUAAGGAAAUAAAAUAUUUUGGAUCAGACAAGAGAUUGCAUUAUGGUAGGAAGCCUGACUCGCUAUUAUUUCAUUCCGUAGAUCCAUCUUUGAUGCAUUCUCCUCGACUAUCUAAAGAAAAUAUAAAUAAGAUAGAUCAAUAUGUCAUGGAUAUUAUUUACCGUUUGCCAAAAAACGGAACUUUCGGCGUUUAUAGUUGUCAUGGAACCUAUUGUUAUAGAUCCUUCAAUCCAAACGAAGAUCAUCAUCUAGUUAUCACAGAAGAUCCUACUUUCAAUCCAUCAGAUGCCAUUAUAUUUCAUUGGGAUUAUAGUGGUAGGAUCCUUGCUUGCCUGAGGUUUUUAUUUGUAUUUAUCGUUCCGGGAUUAAAAUAUUUCAUUCGAUCAUCGAGACCCGGUGUUCAUGCAUUAUUUGCUGAGAAUAUUUCAGCAGUCUAUCAUCAUAAUUCACCAAAUGGGGUCUCAAGCUUGUGGGGAAAUGGUCUUUUCUGUGACGGAGUCUGGAUCAGUGAAUCCCCAAGUAUUAAAAACAUAGCGAUAUUACUAACUCAAUAUUUAAAUUAUGGUGAUGUCUAUGGCAUGGACGAAUGCAAUUGGAGAUAUUUUGAUAUAAAAUUCACGUCUUUAUCAAUAAGAGAUUCUCACUAUUCCAAUAACCCUUUAGAAGCCUUGGACUGGGUUGAAAAACACGGAAAGAAAGUCAGUAUCGCCACAUUAAAAGGAUCACAACAUCGAUUGAAACUUUAUCCGAUUAAUUAUCAUCUUGCAAUAGCAAGUUGUCGAAAUAGUUCACCAUAUUACCUGAUAUCACAAUUUCUCGUUCAGUCUCCACCCGACUCAAGAGACCUUAAAAUAGCUGAUCCUGAAUUCUCCGAAAAAUGGAUAAAAAAUUUUGUGAAGGAGUAUCAAAUCAAAUAUGGACCUUUGGAAAGCUUUAAAGGUUACCUUACCGAUAUAUCAAUUCUGGAUCUUAUUCAUUCAGAUAUCGCAUACAAUAAUCCAGAAGAACUACUGCCAAUAUCUAUUGAUAAAACAGAAUCUUUUAAAAGCGAACCUUCAUCUGAAUUGUUUAAACAAUGGGAUCAAUGGUUAGUUGAGACGCAUUUCGGUCGGAAAUAUCGGGUUCACUCGACAAAUGUUAAAGAUCUACCAAAACUUGCUGGAAAUAUUUUCCCGUUGUGUUCAUCGACCAAUAUUAGGAUAGAUUUCUCAGAAUUAGAAAAACAAUUCCCGGAUAAAGUUAUCUGCGAAGAUUAUAUCGAGACAAGUUUACGGCUUGAUCAUUUUUCGUUACAUUUGAAACUUGUGGAUAAACAGAUUGAGUUUAUUAUUAUAAACACUUCCAGAAUCGCCUGUUACACUGCCCUUCUGGAUGAACUUAAUCAUAUCCUUUGUUUUUAUUUUGUCUGCGCAGGCGUCGCGAUUAAUAACAAGUGUUAUGUUAAUGAUAUUAAAAAAGGCUCAUUUAAAUCAAUUAACUGGAAACAAACGUGGUUGCUUUGA